AUGGCAAGCUCAUUCUACCAGCCUCUCCCGUCGCCGAACCAUAUCCGGGUGCUUGAUCUCUCCACCACUUCCUCUAAGGACCAGCAGCCUGAAAUCGUGGAGUGCAGUCUACGCCUACUGGAUCUCAGUGACCCGGACAAUGAGGCAUCAUACGAUGCCGUCUCCUAUACCUGGAAAUCUGAGCCUGGCGAGCCGGAUGGGAUUGGCCACAUAAUGUGCUCGGGACACGAGCUACCCGUUGGCAGAAAUCUGUACGAGGCGCUGAAGCAACUUCGCACGGCAUCUGAGGCCCAGCUCCUGUGGGCAGACGCUAUAUGUAUCAACCAGAAUGAUCUGGAGGAGCGAGCUCAACAGGUGAGGUUGAUGGGGAGUGUUUUUCACAAGGCUCGAUGUGUACAUUGCUGGCUUGGCAUUGGGGAUGAUGAGUCGAGGCUGGCUUUGCGGAAUAUUGGGCGUCUGGGCUGUGCGCUCCGCGAGAAGUUGACUGGGACUCACGAGGCCUCUGAACAAGAGAUCCGUCCAAGGUUCAACGAUCCAGCGAUUUUCGAGCGCAUUGAGCAAAGACCCUGGACUGACCUGGAGUGGUAUGAUAUCGGUCAGAAUUUCGGGCGUGCAUGGUUCAGUCGAGCAUGGACACUCCAAGAGCUGACCCUCGCUACCUCAAGUAUGAUGUGGAUAGGUAGUCAAACUUGCAAGGGUACCGAUCUAUCAGCCUUCAUUGAUUUCAUCAGCAGAAUGGGAUGGGCGUAUCCCAUACACGACCGGUGCGGCUUCGUCUCACAACGAGGCGCUGAGGCUCUUAUAGGUUGCGAAUCGUUGCGACUUUGGCAGGGGGAUCGAAGUAUACGGCAGCAUGCUAUAUCGAACCUCCUGGUUGGGGGCACCACGAUGUAUGGCAAACAAGCACACACUGUAGAGGCACUAUCUGGUUAUCUGGUGGAGACGUGCAGAGGUCGGCAUACGACUGACCCAAGAGAUUGCGUCUUCGCUCCUCUGGCUUUGGUCGUAGUAUACCUAGAGGUGAUAGGACCGGUCUUGGUGACUCCCCAGACAACCAUGUCUGACUACACCCUGAGUGCAGGACCGAUCUAUAUUGACUUCACAAGUUGGCUUAUCAAAGGUACACGCAGUCUGACCAUCAUUGGGCAGGCGGAGCGGACUCAGCAAUUCGACGAGGCGGUAUCGCUGGCUACAUUGGGGCAAAAGCUACCGUCUUGGGCACCCGACUACUCCUGUCGAGCAAAGCGGCUGCUAGUGCCAUCGAGGAGACAGACAGCUUUCGAUGUGGUCGCACCUGCAUCGGCAUGGGAUGCUUGUAGUGGGCAACAGCUAAUGUCCACCUUUGUGGACCAGCAAAGCCAUCUGCAUCUCGACGGGUACCGUUUGACAACCGUCCGUCAGUCCCAGCCUGCAUGCGGGGAAAGCGGCUAUCAUAUGUUGCGCCUCCUAGCUCUCGCAGAGGGACUCUACGAAGGUAGAUCGGAUCUUGACUGGGUACAACAGCUGGCCGAAGUCCUUGCUGGUGGCUCGCCAAGCGUGACACGAGCCAAAGAAGAUUUCAGGACACAAUUCGGACACUGCGUGGCUAUCGACAGCACCAUGUCAGCCAUACUCCGGAUGCUGUUCUACGGGUAA